AUGCCCCCGGAUCUGAAUUCCCUUCCUCCAUCUCGCUCAUCUUCAACCUCCUCCUCCAUUCCACGUAACAUGUCCGCUCCUGGAACUGGGCCGCCCGUGAACCCGAACACCGCCUCACCACGGCCCUCCCGUGGCUCGAGCAUAGGUCGACUAUCGGUAUCCGAGCGACGUCGAUCUAAUGCCGGCAUGAAUCUGAACCUUAGCGAGAUGGGUACUGGUCAAGGAGUUAGCGAGUUGCCCGCAUCAGACCACCACCAUCGCAGCUCGAUCGGACAUGCAUUCCGCACAGCCAGCCCGUCGAGCCAUGGUGGAAGCCCCAUCUUCGCGACUGCAGAUCCCCAUCACCAGCGCGCGCCAUCUUUGGGAGAGUUACACCAAGAGUUGGAGCAAGAACAGGAAGCACAAGUGAACCGUCUUCUUCAGAUGAUCCGCAGCCAGCAGGCCCAGUUACAACAAUACCAGCAGCAACAGACCCCGCAAUCAUCUGCUGCAAUCGACGAUACAACCCCGGCCUCUGAACGGUCGACUUUCUUCCCCCCUCAAGCAACGUCACCGAACCUGCGGCCGCUAGACUCGCGUGGAGCGGAGGGCGUGGAGCCAUUCCCGGGGUUGCGGGAUAGUCCCUCUCGGCGCGGCAGCCGGGACGAGAGUGCAUUUUACCAAGCCGAAGCGAGCUCGCUAAGCCGAGAGAACGUGCUCCUGCGGCAGCGGAUUCGGGAACUAGAGAGACAAAUUAGCGGCUUGACGACUUCCCAGAGCGCGUCCUCUGCAACAACUACUUCGGGCAGUGCCUCCGGGCAAGCGGGGACCGCGACUGCGGACCCGCCUGCCGUGAGUUCAACCCGAGACGGCAAAGACUGA